AAUCAAUCGACGCAAUUUCGUCAGUAUUCGCUAGACAUCGGCUAGGAUAAGAUUUUUGUUCAAAGUUUUUGUCGCGAGAUUCGUAAGCAAUUAUCAAAGUAUUGUUAAAUUUCAUCAUACGAUACAUAACAAAAUCUUUUAAAGUCUGUCAUUAAGUUUUAUGUAACAAUUCAGUAUAUUCAUCCUCGGAUACAACACAGCAGUGUGAAAUUGCAUGAAAAGUGACGCUCGUUUGCGUGGUUUUGUGUGCAAAUCUCUGCAAGUGAAUAAUUGUCGAACACUAGCCGGAAGUGUAUCAACAGCCAUUGUUACGCGUUGCUGCUUGAAUUUAAAUUCAAUAGCGUCAGGUUAGUGCUUGGAAAGCACCAGAAAAUCAAUCAAAAUUGCCCACUUAUUACAAAGUAACAGCGGCCAGUGGAAGAUUACCAUGUCCAGCAACAUUCAGAUAACGGCUGAUGACAAACCUUCGGCCGGCAUUACAACGCCACCGAAACCGGUUGCAAGCAUUCCGUCAAGCCCGUCCCACUUGCAGCUGCCAUCACCGAUCAUUACGCGUCGAACUAGAACCGCUUCCACAUCGGACCGUGCCAUGCGUAACCCUAUCGAGGAAGGAAAAGUCAGAUCUUUCAACAGGAAUAAGGGUCACGGUUUUAUUACGCCCGCGUCAGGAGGUGACGACAUUUUCGUGCACAUUUCAGACGUCGAAGGCGAAUAUGUGCCACUACCAGGAGAUGAGGUCAGCUACCGAAUCUGCUUCAUUCCACCUAAGUUCGAAAAAGUUCAAGCAAUUCACGUUCAAAUCACUCAUCUGACACCGGAGAAGCACUCAAAAUGGGAGGAGUUGUCCUGCAAGUCUCCCGACGGAUCCCGGCUGCACUAGGAUAUGGCUUGGAUGGUCACGCAUUCUGCUGGGAUCGUCGUAUGUAGGGGUUAGCAGUUCCGGCCAAGCUAGUGUUCUUUUUUUUCUUAUGCAUACUGUUCUAUAUAUAUUAUAUUCUAGUGAGGAAAUAUGCUACAAGUAGUUGUGUGCUCGGUACAUACGGCUACUUUUGUAUUUAAAGUUAUGUUUCCCGUUCCAUGCUUUGUAAAUGUUAUUUUUUCACUUGUACUGCUCAAGGAUCUUUUUUGAAAUGUGAACCGAAAGGAGAAUGUAUGUGUAGGAUGUCCAAUUGGUGAACUUCUUAAAUACUAAAAAGGUAAACAGUGAUUAAAGGAUGAAAGCAAGCUAGAGAAUAAAUUUUGCGGCACAAGCCUUUAUUAACCUACUAAUUUGAUUUUUCUCCUCUCUACUUAUUACGAUAGAAUUCCGCAAAAACUCAACAAAAGAAAAAUCAAAGCGAAAUACUAUCUUGACUAAUGGACGAAUACAAACAUUGCAUAAAUUGAUCUACUGCGGAUUUUUAGCAGAUAAAGAGCAAUGCAGAAGGCAUUAACAAAUGUUAGCUUCGAAACUACUCUAUGGAAAGAGCAAGGCUGUAAAAAAAGGAUGGAAAAAUUAGAAUUAGAGAAAAAGGAAUAUAUAGAAGUACUCCACUUACUAAGCGUUCCAUAAAAAUUUAUAAAGCAAAAUUUAGUUUGUAACUCGAGGUAUAAAGAGCAGAUUUAGGCACACGAAAAGCUGCAAUCUUUACCAGUUGUUUGAAAACUUUCAUUUGGCAAUACGAAUAUGCUUUUGGAAACAGAAAAGGAAACGUUUAUUACUGAAAACUUACCUCCUUUUGUGAUUUAUCCGUUAUUAGAAAAAAGUUGAGCAAGUACUACGUUUUACACAAAAUGAAUCUUAGAAUAUGAUGACUUUUGAACAAAGCUCUGUUCCACGUGUAAAAACCCGAGGGGGUUGUUUUGUGGAACUAAGGAAACAGUGGAUUGAGCUUCUGUUUCACUAUAAUGCGCAGUUUUCCGCAUUUCAAAAGUAGUUUUUUCGCUCAAACCGAGUAUGCAAUACUCAACCAUGAGGAUCAGCGAAUCUUUUUCAAUUGCCUUCCCUCGGUCUAUCUAUGAUAAGCUCAAAUUUACUCUAUACUAAAUUCAACUCCAAAUAGUAGGGCCCAUUACAACGAAAUUUAUCAAAAUGAUUGUUUUCCCAAAAGUAGUAUCAAAAUAAAACUACAAUAAGUGCUGAAAAAGUUUUAGUAACAAAUAUUACUACACUUGAAAACCUUUGAAAAACUGAAUCAUUCUUUUUUUGACUAUCCAUUUCACCUCAUAUGCUCAUUAUGCCCCUAAUUUCCUUUCUAUUUAACCUUUUACACGAAACUGUCGUUUCUCGUCAGUUAAACAUUGUUUGUAUUGCGGAAAACAAAGUACAAUUUAAAAUGAGAGAUAGGAUCGACGUAUUUCAUAAGAAUGAAUGAGAAGGUUUGUUUAAUAUAUAAGCAACUUUUCGAUAUCGUAAAAUUAACAACCUGUAUAAAUCCCAGUUAUAGCUGGAAGUUCUGUUCUCAAGUGAUUCACCAAUUUCCUAAUGUAACGUAAUUUCACAGAACUUUUGUUUAUUUAAUCAAAAUAUUAUCAUUUUGAGCACUGUUUUCCAUGAAACUAGUCACAUACCGUACAUUUAUGGGCAUUUCAAUUAGGGCACAGUGCAUAAUGUUCAACUCUGCUAAUGAUUCGCCUCCAGAUUGAAAACUAUUUUGGUCCCUUAUAUGUCACCCUUAAAUAAAAAAUCGUCGGGCUUCACGAAGCACUUCCUAAUCAUAUGUUAGAAAAUCGAUUUUUUCUAGCAAAAAAACUAUAAUUGAAUUCAGGUGUGCCUCAUACCAUUUUGGAUAAGCUUAAACAUGUCACCCCGCAAGUGUUUCGAUUUUUUAAUCGUGUUGUAAUCAAAUGUAACUCGUGUCAGGAUGGAUUUUGUCUUGAAUGAGAGAGUAACGAUGAAUGCAGGCUGACCGCAGUAUCAGUAUUAGAGUUAAAUCCACUGGUAACAAUAGAAGGGAAUCAAGCCGUCAACCAUCGUCCAACGCAGUAUUUAAUACAUCAUAGUUGUUUAUGUAAGAUAUAAGGUAAAUGAAAAUUAAUACCUCUUCGUUAGACGUAAUCCAAACGAUUUCUUACCCACAAAGUGCGAAAAUAUUCACCAGCAAAACUCCAAACGUAGACCAUGAUAGAAAUAAAACGCAUAUCUUCAUUUCCCCUUAUCAAACCAACAUCAAAUAUCACGCCCCUCCACCUCAUGUGAAAUCACGAAUGUAAGCGCACCAUCGGCGGUGGAUUAUGCGUUGUCGGUGUCAAAUCCCAAACAUAUUUUACGAUAUACAUCUUCAGCAAAAACAAAGUGUAAGAAAUCCACAUCUUUAGCAUUUAAGGAAACAUAACAAAGAAAAUGAGCACCAAUCCACUAAGGCUUCCUGGUAAUGGCGAUAAAAUCACGUGAUGUAACCAAAAAUUUAUUAGGCUCGUGUCUCGCUGUUGCCCGGUCGCUUUAGCCCUAACUAGUGACUUGUAUAACAGAUAACCUAAGAACACAUACAACUUCGAUUCCGGAAAAUAACUACUGCAUAAGACGUUAACAACGAGAUGAAAAUGCGAACUAAGCAAUCCGAGAUAGAAUCUCGGAAACGAUUGAAAAUAGGCACAAACUUUGCGCAACACGCGGAACCGAAAAUGAUUAUCCCGUUAUGAAUAAGAUUAUUACAUUUUUACUUUCCCAGUGGAAACCUUUCGUCCUUUGGACUUUUUGUCGAUUGCCAAAACCUCUUGUGCGGCCUUGUUUUUUACAACAUAUGAGGAUCAAAUAUUUGCGUCCGCAAAAAGCGAUUAUAUAUAGAUAGAUUAUCCCCGUUGCCUCGUAAGAGUUGAUUCUUUCGUUCUGUUACGGUCAAUGCAAAAGUUCCGUUUAGUUUCGUCUUGGUUCAUAUUGCAACUGCAUGCUAGGAGGCCUGCUCAAACAAAAAACCGAUUGUGUUGAAACAAUGUCGAAUUUCAAUACAAAUGAAAGCACAUAUAUUUGUAUCGUUCGUUAAUUACAAACAGUAGGAUUUAAUGUUAACUGUUUUAAAACAAAAAUAUCUUGUAAGUGGACUAAGCACGAGCAUACGAGGAUAACAAAUAAAUUUUCAACGGAGCUGUAAACAA